GUUUCCAGCAGACGCAAUGUGGGUUUAAUUUGGUAUUGCUUUGGUGCUUUUUUUUUUUUCGUCCUUUUAGUGGUGAAACAGACCGUUUUGUGUAGCCAUCGGAUAUGGCUUCUGGAUCAUCGCUUAGUUGGAUAUUUUUUUCCCUUUUUACUAUCGUCCAGAGCAUCCAUAUCUCUCACUGCAAAACUUUCUGUCCCAUUAUCAUCGUCUCCGUUUUCAUUCUUGGUGCCCUUUUUUUAUUUUUUGUUCCAACCCUGUAUGUUAGAGAAGUUCCAAAGAUGAUCGUUUUGUGUAUUUUUUUGGAGCGGAAUCUCCACUUUAUGGUAUCGUGAUAAAUUUUAUUUUAUUUUAGGUUGAGUUCAAAUUGGCUGUGCCUGGAUUUCACCAUGGUGUCUGUCCUGACAUGUUCAAAUCGAUGGGAAUAGAGCACAACACACAGUACCCAGGCCAAAUAUGCGGAGUUGUCAUCCCAACCUUGAAAAUCCGUAGGCGGGCUUUACGGGUUUUUUCCCUAAUUUUGCGUAAUGUUCACCAAUUUGACAGACAGAACAGAGUUAUU